AUGUUGACAGACGUGAGCGUGGACGAGGAGUUUGAGCUGAAGGAGGAAGAGCCCUGGUACGACAAGCAGGACCUUGAACAUGACCUCCAGCUGGCUGCUGAGCUGGGCAAGUCACUGCUGGAGAGGAACCAGGAGCUGGAACAGGGCCUGCAGCAGAUGUACUCCACCAAUCAGGAGCAAGUGCAGGAGAUAGAGCACUUGGGCAAGCAGGUAGAUCUGCUGCGGCAGGUGAACGACCAGCAUGCCAAAGUGUACGAACAGCUAGACGGAGCGUCCCGUGAACUGGAGCAGAGCAACCAAAAGCUGACUCAGGAAAACCGUGCGGCGCAGCACAAGAUCCACGGGCUAAUGGAUACGGUGGAGGUUCUGCAGACACGUGUGGACGAACUGCAACUUCAGGUGGAUGACAUGAAGCUGGGACCCUCACCGCUUGCCCACGGCAGCCGCCGGAGGUCACGCGGGGCCCAGAGUCUGGAAGAACUGCAAAAGCUCAGGCAGUACGACAAUGAAUCAGAGGAAUGUCGACUGGUCGCUGAGUCGUGCGAUGAUGUGCAGCGCUGGCGCGAGGAGCAGCAGGCAUCGCUGCGGCGCUCCCUGCGCAGCCUCCAGGCUCAAUACGCUGGAGAACGUGCACGACGGGAGGAGGCCGAGCGGGAGGCGGGGCUACUGAGUAGGGAAAAGGCAACGCUCGAGCAGCGGCUGGCUAGCAUGGAGACAUGCAGGGUGCGAGUAUCUGAGUUGGAGCAAGAGGCCGAGGAGCUUCGCCAACUCUGGAAGUCAAAAUCCUUCUCCCGGCUGGACGUAGCGUACGCGCUUCCGGAGGAGGAGGGCUAUGAGCGGGACGCGGAGGCCGAGCCGGACGGGUGGUCCCCUCAGAGUCGGCGGCACCUCAAACGUUGGGCUAGCGAGCGUCUUCUAGAGGCCAAGCACGCCGCCGACCCAUCGGCCGAGCACGAGUGCUGGUGCGCUCGGCGAGCCGAGAAGGCGGACCGCGGCGGCAUCUCUCUGCUCAGUGAGGUGGAUGCGCAGUACAGCGCCUUGCAGGUGAAAUAUGAGCAGUUACGAAAGUACCUUGGAUUGCAUAAGCGUCAGGAAGAGGAGGAAGAAAGACUGAACCACAAGGCCAUCCAGACCGCAGACAACAACAACGGCGGCUUCCACCAGCCUGAAUACAAGAAACUCUUCCAGGAGAUUUUCACUCGCAUCCAAAAAACCAAAGACGACCUGAUGGAGAACAGGGCCAGGCCCCACUGCACUUAA